AUGGCGGCUUGCAACGGUCGCACAACGGCCGGCCUCGGUGCUGUUGCUGAUGCUGCCAAAACAGCUGCACACACAAACUGCAAUGUCAUUCGGGUCCCGUGCGGCGAUGGCUCUGCUGCACACAGGCCAGCGAAGAAAGUCAUUCCGCAGAAAGCCAUUCCGCAGAAAGCCAUUCCGCAGAUAGCCAUUCCGCAGAAAGCCAUUCCGCAGAAAGCCAUUCCUCUGAAAGCCAGUCCGCAGAAAGCCAUUCCGCAGAAAGCAAUUUCGCAGAAAGCCAUUUUGUCGAAAGCCAUUUUGCCGAAAGCCAUUCCGCAGAAAGGUAUAUCGCAGAAAGCCAUUCCGCAGAAAGCCAUUCCGCAGAAAGCCAUUCCACAGAAAGCCAUUCCGCUGAAAGCCAUUCCGCAGAAAGCAAUUUCGCAGAAAGCCAUUCCGCAGAAAGUCAUUCCACAGAAAGCCAUUCCGCAGAAAGCCAUUCCGCAGAAAGCAAUUCCGCAGAAAGCAAUUCCGCAGAAAGCCAUUCCGCAGAAAGCCAUUUUGCCGAAAGCCAUUUUGCCAAAAGCCAUUUUGUCGAAAGGUAUAUCGCAGAAAGCCAUUCCGCUGAAAGCCAUUCCGCAGAAAGCAAUUCCGCAGAAAGCCAUUCCGCAGAAAGCCAUUCCACAGAAAGCCAUUCCGCAGAAAGCCAUUCCGCAGAAAGCCAUUUUGCCGAAAGCCAUUUUGCCAAAAGCCAUUUUGUCGAAAGGUAUAUCGCAGAAAGCCAUUCCGCAGAAAGCCAUUGCGCAGAAAGCCAUUGCGCAGAGAGCCAUUCCGCAGAAAGCAAUUCCGCAGAAAGCAAUUCCGCAGAAAGCCAUUCCGCAGAAAGCCAUUUUGCCGAAAGCCAUUUUGCCAAAAGCCAUUUUGUCGAAAGGUAUAUCGCAGAAAGCCAUUCCGCUGAAAGCAAUUCCGCAGAAAGCCAUUCCGCAGAAAGCCAUUCCGCAGAAAGCCAUUCCACAGAAAGCAAUUCCGCAGAAAGCCAUUCCGCAGAAAGCCAUUUUGCCGAAAGCCAUUUUGCCAAAAGCCAUUUUGUCGAAAGGUAUAUCGCAGAAAGCCAUUCCGCAGAAAGCCAUUCCGCAGAAAGCCAUUGCGCAGAAAGCCAUUGCGCAGAAAGCCAUUCCGCAUUUAGGAAAAAGCCAUUUCAUCGAAGGCCAUUUCACCUAA